ACAGGUAUAGGUAUACGAUGCGAAACGGGGUCCGUAACGAGAAGAACGUUCGUCCGGGUCAGACCGUGACCGGGGCCUUGGAAACGGUCGCGUAUAAAUUAAUGCCGAAAGUAUGUGCUUUUCAAUCAUUUUUUCGCGAUAAUAUACCUGUUGAAAUCCUCCGAGAAGGUCGAACGACCCGCGCCCUAUCUUCGGAUCUUUGUUAUCAGUUUCACCCUUCAACGGUCAUGAGUAGAGUAUAUCGAAUGCGUCGCCUCAGAGCCGCGGAUCUGCAGGUUCUCUCCCGGCGAUGUGGUUCGAGCGAGGUACACUUCUAUACGGGCGAGUGCGACGUUGUUUGCUAAUAUUUCCCUUCGAUUUCAACGUCGCGUCGUACGAUUGCACAGCGUGUGAGAGUAGUAUCGCAACGAGUGCGUGGAUGCGGGUAAGGAGUCAUUAUCUUAGCGAGAGGGAUGUCUGAAAGCGACGGGGAACGGACAGCUAGGUCGGUGGCCUUGGAGCAAGCCUACGUGCACGAGGUUUACGAGCAAUGCGCCGAAAAGACCGCACAGAGUCGACAUUGGCCCCGUAUAUAUCAGUUUCUCGAAGAGCUCGAACCCGGAGCCCUUGUCUGUGACGUCGGUUGUGGCAACGGCAAGUACUUGAGCGUCAAUCAGAGCAUAUUCAAAGUUGGCGCCGACAGGUGCAAGCACCUCACGGACAUUGCGCGUGAAAAAGAAAACGAGGUUCUGAUUUGCGACAACCUGUCCUUACCGUUUCGAGAUGACAGCUUCGACGCGGUCCUGUCGAUCGCCGUGGUACAUCACUUUGCCACAACGGAGAGACGAGUUCACGCCCUCAAAGAAUUGGCGCGGGUCCUACGGAUCGGCGGACGUUUGGUCAUAUCGGUAUGGGCUAUGGAACAGCGGCACAGGAAGUUCGAGUCUCAAGAUGUCUUGGUUCCGUGGCCCAAAGCUUACCGUUUCGAUUCCUCGUGUUCGGCCGAACCGAGGUCCUCGGGAAUCCCGUACGCGGACGAGAUACGAUACAAUCAAUUCGCCCCCAAGGACUUUGUCGCGUCUAAAAGAAACAGCCGAAAGAAGUACGGUAGCAAAAGCUAUUGGAUCGAUCCGGUGCUGAGCCCGUCCCCCUCGAGCAGCAGUCUCUCCAGUCCCAAUGAAACGUGUUACAGUUUCGUUCGCCGAGCCUUACAGAAAUUAGCAGGGGGGAAACGCGGUGGCCCUGGGAAUCGCCCCUGGUUUUUGGAAACCUGGAGCCACGGUUCGGGAAAAGACGCGCGACACAAUCGGCGCGACGACAGCGGAGAUGUGGACGACCUGCCGAUAGAACUACGACGACUCGAAGAUAUCAACGUGAUGCUCGACAAGUUCCCCGAUACACUGAGCGUGAAGUCGAAGAGUCUCGGCGAUAUUCUGGAAAUACAAAGACUCAAUCUCGUGAGAUCCCGAUCCAGCAUUCCCGGUCUCUGUUCCACACUGACGUCCGACACAUUCCUGAACGAAACCAGCGAGACGCCAUCAAUCGCCGGCUCCAAGCCCAAGCUUGUGAAGCAAAAGUCCCAUUUCAUCGAAGAUAUUUGUUUGGAGAUUUCCGACAACACCGCUAUCCAAGAACUCAUCAAGGACAUUCCGGAGCUUGGGACUAUGCGGAAGUUACCCGUGAGACGUGGCAAUGUGCAAAAACAGAGUUCUUUGAACGAGGAGCUCAUGUCUGCGGAUCGAUUGAAAGAAAAGGAGAAGAUUCGAAGGAACAUAAUGAAGCAGGCGUCGCUGAACGAAGAGAUCAUAUGCAAACGGAAGGCGUUCGAAGCGUUCAAGGACUCGCUGUACUCUGGGAAUGCUACGAAACGAUUCCAACUCUUGAAAAGUGGCCUUACCAAUAGGAUAAAGCAGUCGACUACGAAUAUAGAAAAGGUAUCGGGAAUGUCAAUUAAAAAUGGCUUUGUAAAAAUGCUGCAAGGUUGGACAUCCGGGGAGAACGAGGAAGAGGACGAAUGUUUCGAUUCGGUACCUUGUGAGCUUUUCUCGCCGAAGUGCAAGCCGGGCGAAAAAACCGAAAAAACCGCGCCAGCUGCAAAAAAAGACGCGGAAUCCGCGGAGAGACGGUUGUCGCGAGAAGACGGAUCCGAUUCCUCCAAGGACAGCAGUUUGCAGAGCGACACCAGCGUUGACUCGGAAGAUAGUUUCGCCUCGGUUAUAUACGUGCCAAAGCAAGAUCUUUCGUCAAUUAUCGAUGCUAUCUCAGCACCUCCUGGCUAUCAAUUGAGAGCAACGUCGGCUCCGCCUUCUCCCAGAGUCAAACAUCCUCCCGAUUUGAUGGGACCAAGAUUGAAGCUAAUUCCAAUAUCUCCACUCCUCAAACAAUUUCCCGCCACUAGCAAGUCGUUGCCGCCGACUAGCCCGCCAGGAUUGUCCCCUCGCACUCUCAAUUCCAUACCACCUAGACCGUUCUUCGGUGCUUUUCCCGGUGGCCAACAGACUUCCGUGUUUGAAAAAUUAUUAUCCGGCGGGGAGCUCGAAUCUAGUUCCGCUAACCGAAAGCAAAUACCCGAGUUUCACGGCUCCGAGGUACCCGACUCGUCUACUCGUCUACUCGAAAGUUCCGUCGUCGCGAAAGAAGUCCCUGCGAUGCCGCUCACGCCUAUCGUCUUGGAAAACACAGCGGUAGUUUCCACAGCAGUAGCGGACAAGCUCCCCCCAAAGGAGGAGAAAUCUCUCGUCCCGGUAAUUGGGGAGACGUCGGUUCUCCACGAGAAGCCCUCCGAGAACUCCGACGUAGAGUUGGCCGUCAAUGAAGAGAACAGUCGUCGCGCAAGACUGAAUCAGAUCAAAGAACUUUUGAGACAGAAGCCCGGUUUUGCCACGAGAUGUGGCAAACCCUCGUUUCCUUUGGUCCGACGUGCGUCAGCAGCUACUCCCGGUCGCUUGGAAACGGUCACGCGACCCCUACCGAGACUUCUAUCCUUGGAACUAUUCAAUCCCGAAACAGAUGACCUGGACAGCGACUCCAGCGGCGUAUCUUCUCCAGAAUCCAUUGGCUCUGUGAUCAGCGUGGUGUCGGACGAACGUUUCGUGGCAAACAAAGAUAACGGGAAGGCAGAUAUCAAAGAACAAGAGGCAUCGCUAGCUACCGAUGAGAAGCCUCUUCCUUUGGCUUCGAAGCAUCCCGAAUUCAGUCAUUUGGACAACAACAGCGCAUACGAAUUACUCGGAUCCGCGAGUCUGAGCGGCUCUUCGACGGAAAUAUCAUUAGCUUCGUCGCAGUCGAUUAGACUUUUGGAAGCGGCAGCUAAUGUAGCGAGCUCUCUGGAGGAUGCCGUUGAAACAGCGAUCCAAUUGAAACCGCACAGCGCCAAACACGCGACAAAAGCACAAAAAUGUACAACCGUAGAUGAUCCGUACGAAUUUACAAACUCUUGGAGAAAUGUGAACGCUUCCCCCUCGGAGCUGCAGGAACUGUUGUGUGAUUCGAAACCCAAUUCACUGUCCCCGGAGGAAAGAACGUGGGACGAGGAGUGCCGUAGGCAUCUGAUUAAUUUCACCGAGAAAUUGAGUGAAAACCUCAUUAAUGAUAUUGACCAGUAUUGCCAAAAAACGGUACUAGAAUUCAACGAAGAUUUUAACGAGCGAAGCGUCGACAGGGAUUCGUGUGUGACGAGCACGGAUUCCAAAGUUGUCGAUUCAUUUAUAGUCGACUCCCCUUUAACUUCUCACCAACACCCACCGGGCAAUGGAGAAUUGGCAACUUGUAAAUAUAGUGAAUUAGUGGACACCCGUGCCUGGUUAAACGCAUCCCAAAAAGAAGACGAGAAUUCGAAAACUGACAAUAAACCGAGCGACACUUUGCUAGAGUUAGAAUGCUCGAACGCGGAUAGGAGUAGUCGAACUGUGAUUAAUAAUGUACUUAGAGAAAGAAGCAGUUCCGAAGACAUCGUGGAUUUAAUUUUAGUUCCAAAUAGCAAAAAGUUCAUCUUUGAAGAAAAAAGUGGUGCCAGAGACGAGUACAAGGGACAACGCUCGACGGAAAUUGAUCCCCGGCACAGCGUUACCGGAGGUAGCGAGGAUCAGACGGUAGAAAAAUCAUAUCUCAGCUUUGGGAAUUCAAUCGAGUCGAGUGACAUCGGUGAUUCCAUAGAGAAUACGACCAGCUUCAGCGACUACAGUCAAACCGAAUCGGUUCGAGAAUCUUCGGCAACUGAGAAAACUCACCACGGCAGUUUAGCAUCUCUUGGAUCCUGCAAUAUGGAAUAUAGAAACAGACAAGCCGGAAGUAAACUCGAAUCUCGAAUACGUUCAGCUUCGGAAGAGAUCACCUCUCGGCCACCAAUGAUAAGGCAACAGGCGUCCGUAAAAUCCGAAUGUCUAGUAUCGGCGACGAGCAACGGAUCUUUGACCGACUCUUCUUCGCAAGAGUCGUUGCCCUCCGAUCACGGAGGUGGAGCCAUAACGUAUCAUCAGUACUACCAUGUUUUCAGAGAAGGAGAGCUGGACCAACUAAUAAAUAAAUACGUCGAGAAUUUGCAUAUUAUCUCAUCCUAUUAUGACCACGCAAGUUGGUGCAUAGUUGCAGAAAAAGUGCAAGUUUGGACUAUAUGACUCGCGGUCAGUCGUCCGCACCAAACUAUCAAUUUUAUAUAUUUCCUUGCUUUUUUAAGCUAUCCUUCUCACAUAAUAACAACAAUAACAACAACAACAACAACAACAACAAUAAUAAUAGUAAUUAUUCCAAAGAGAACAUCAACGACGACAACGACAACAAGAACAAUGAUAACACCAGCAACAGCAACAGCAACAACAAUAAUAAUCUAUUGCAAAUGGCUUGUAAAUAUGUAAAAUACAAUGUUUCUGACCUAAGCGCACAGAAUGAUAGACGAUUAAUUGAUAGACGUCACUCUUAGUUAUAGAUAUUUAUAUUAUCUGAAUGCUUGACCAAAAGUUGAAAAUUUUUUUUCAUCGGUAUGUUACAAAUGUCGAAACGCUAAUAAUCGUUCGCAAUCAAAGGAUAUCGCAAACUUCGAAUUAUACGAUACAUUUGCACGUCAACCGAUAUCCAGAGCAAUUCGGUGUUCCGUGAAGGAAAAAUUCGCAAAGCUCACCUUGAUUUCUUUAGAAAAAUGAAAAAAUAUUCAACAGAGGUAAGCAGGGACAACGGGGAUAAGAUCGAGGACUUUUGACCAAAAAAAAGUAUGUGAUUCCACGUAGUUCGGAAUGGAACCUUAAUUAUUGUUUCGACAUUGUUCUGGUAUACUAUAUUCUACAGAAUGUAAGACUCUCGUAUCAUUGUAACGCGGCGCUACGUAAGAGGAAAUUGAACGACGAUCAUCAAGCUUAUACGAUAUGACGUUACAAGCUGCGCGGGUCGUUCAGCCUACGGACGAUCGAUGACUCUUGAUAUUGAACAACUUCCAAUUAUUUGAGAGUGUUGAGAAGAAAAAAGGUUUCACAUUGUAAAUAAAUAUCCCUGUUCAGGAACCUAUAGACAGUUUGUGAGAUUAUUCUAUUAGUGUUGUUUUAUGGAAGCGCAUCCGUCUAGAAAUUGUCUCAAUAUACGAAACUUCAUCAAAUUUACAAAGGUCAUUAACAAUAAUCAGCAGGAAAUGUUGAUACUGUUGUAACACACCACAAAUUGAGUGGUAUUCACAAGUCUAUUCUCACAAAAAAACCAGAUUACAUGAUUAUACUAUACGUGUGAGAAAUUUUCAUAAUCAAUUCUCUGUAUACUGUCAAUGAUUUCACAAUAAUGCAAAACUUGUAUAACUGAUAA